ACGACUGGCUACAAACACGGAAGUGGGGCGACAGGAGAAGCCCGCCGCGGGCAUAGUCCUACGUCAACAUUUUAAAUUCAAGUGCAAUCCGAGUCUCUCGGCUGGCUUUAUAAUUACACACUGACACGUUCACUACACUAUCAAUUUAUUUUUUCUUUCAUCCUGUUUAUGGAUUUACUGGAGAUACUAUCAUGGGCCUGCAUCGUGUUUACAGUCGGAAUGUUCUCGACUGGACUGAUCGAUGUAAAGGUGAUGCGAAACUCCAUGAGCACUGACCAUGUCCAGUUCCUGCCUUAUCUCAUCACGUGUGUAAACAACCUGGGCUGGCUAUACUAUGGAACACUGAAGAGUGACCGUACACUUAUUGUGGUCAACCUGAUUGGAGCUUUCCUGCACCUUUUGUACAUCUUGACAUACUUGACAUACACGGAACAAAAGAGGCGGGUGGUGUCCCGAAUCGUAGGAGGAGCAGUGUUGGUUACCAGCACUUGGUUGUACAUCUCCAAGAUUCUUCCACCUGGCGACAAGCAGCUCAACCAGCUCGGCCUCAUCUGCAGCGUGGCCACCAUCAGCGUGUAUCUGUCACCACUCACCGACCUGGUGGCCAUCCUCCGUAGUGGGAACAUCCAGUGCCUGUCUUUCUCUUUGACAGUGGCCACCUUCUUUACCUCCACGUCCUGGUUCUUGUACGGUCUACAGCUGAAUGACUACUACAUUUUGGUGCCAAACCUGCCGGGAAUCCUCACCAGCUCCAUCAGGUUUUAUUUGUUCUGGAAAUUUGCAAAUCAGUCAAGUUCCUACAAGUCCAUGCAGAUAUGAUGAUGUUCUCAUAGUGAAGCGAAACAAAGACUACUUGUCGUUGUGUGACAAGCGGCAAUAGUGUCUUCGUUCCAUGAUGUUACAUGAAAAAGCACUUAGUUUACCAGGAUGUAUUCAGGAAUAUAUUCAAUGAUUUGUUGUUCCUGUGGGAUGUGGGGAAACCUAUUCACCUAAUGUGCCUUCUGUUGGGGACAAGGGAGUAUUAAGGCCACAGUGAAAAACUUAGAGUUUUAAUAAAGUGGUAUUCUUAAUCUAAUAAAGAUACAUUUAGUAAAUUAUAACUCAAUUGGAUCAAAUAAAGUUGUAAUUUCUAUAGAAAAAAGACAUAAUCUUAGUAGAAUACAGUUGUGUUACACAAGAAUACAGUAAUAUUACAAGAAUGAAUGCAUGCUUCAGUGAAAUUACAAGAAAAAAGUUGUUUUAUGAAAAUAAAGACGUAUUUUCUUGAGUAAAACUAUGUUAUUUGCAGGUUUUUAGAAUUUGAAUAAAGUUGUAAUAGUCUAAAAUUAGAAAAAAAAUAAGAUACACUCAGUAAAUUAUAACUAAAUCAUUAGACUAAAGUUGUAAUUUCUAUAGAAAAAGUUGUUUUCUUAGUAGAAUAAAGUUAUGUUACACGAAAAUACCGUAAUAUUUUUGUGAAAUUACAAGAACAAAGUUAUUACACAAAUAAAGGUGUAUUUUCUUGGGUAAAACAAAUUAGAACAAAAUUAAAGUAAAAGUUUUAGAAUCUGAAUAAAGUCGUAAUAAUAGUCAAAUAUUUGAAAAAUAAAGAGGCAUUAAGUAAAUUAGAACUAAAAUAUUACAAUAAAGUUGUGAUUUCUAUAGAAAAAAAACGUCAUAAUCAUUGUAGAAUAAAGUUGUGUUACACAAGAAUACCAUAAUAUUACAAGAACAAAUGCAUGUUUUUGUGAAAUUACACGAACAAAGUUGUCCUGAUAUAAAAAUGAACACGUAUUUUCUUCAGUACAACUUGGUGAUUAUAUAAGGACAAAGUAAAUUUUUUUCCUGAAAAAGUCAUAAUCAUAUCAAUUGCGAUAAAACAGUAGUAGCAUAUGGUUGUGAAAAGUGAAUGUUUUACAAGUUUUUUUUGUUUUGUUAGAAAAACCUAAAAGGGAACUUAACUCAUUUUUAAAAUGUUCCCUAUCCUUUACAACAAGGGUGGGCAUUACGUCGAUCGCGAUCGACUGGUCGAUCUAGGAGGGUGUGUCAGUCAAGCCAGGCAUUAAAAAAUAUACAUAAAAAUGAGCAAUCAUCAAUCGUACCAAGACUUCACUUUCGUCAGUUGUUUGACAUUCUCGGCACCCGAGGAUCUUGUGGGAUGACGCUGGCUGCUGCGAGCUCAUAUUUAAGAAAAAAAUCACUAACAGGUCGGACGCAGAGAAACACAUUUUAUUUCUAGAGACUCCAUACCUACUGUCAAAACUCUAAAGACCGACUGCACAGUUCCUGUCUUCACCAUAAAAUACCUGUUUCAUCCUGCCUGUGCUAACAAAAUAAGAGUCUCAGAAAGCUAGCGUGCACAAGCUAGCAAGCUACGGAGUUUGAUGCCAAUGUAUUUCUCCCCCGCCCUUAGCGACCGCUUUCUCACUUGCUUGCCCACCCGCACACUCACUGACGUCACUCACCUGCUGCCAGACAUUAAAGGGCCACACACAUAUGCUACUCUCAUAACAAAGUGUUUAAGAACGAGUAUGCAAGUUGGACAAAUGAGAUGCCAAAUCCAACCACUUUCAUGUGGUAUUGGACAGAAAGGAGGACUUUUUUUUUUUCCUCCAUUUGAAAAUGCGGACUUUAUCAGCACCACUGUCUAAUUCCAAUCAAUGCAAGUCUUUAGAAUUAAAUACACCAACUUAUAUUCUUGUCUUCAUGAAAGAAAGGAAUCUAUGUGUGUUAAACAUGUUUGUAUUAUCAUUAAACACCAUUAACUUGUUAACAAAAAUGUCUCUUUCAUAGAUAAAUAAAUAUAAAUUACAAAUAGGAAUGAGCUAGAUCUCCUCGACUUGGUCAUUUGAAAAGUAGCUCACCUGAAGAAAAAGUGUGAGCGCCCCUGCUUUACAACCUUUAUGAAGAAAAACAUUUAUUUUCUUUGUUUAUGCAUUCUAACGCGUAAAUAAACAUUAGCCAAAGCCAGCUAAAAAUGGAGCCUUCGAGAGUGAGUUGCUCAAUUUUGCCUUCAAAGCAGUCUAAAUAUACUUACAUGCUAAAAGUAUAUAUGUAAUGUAGUAACCUGCUCAUUCAUAAUAACAUGUAAUAUUGACGUAUUUUGUAUCAAAUCAUUCGCUUUCUUUCAACAACACUAAUCAUUGCAGACUUCAUGAGAGCCAAUAACAAUUAUUUUAGUAAAAAUUAUGACCGAGAAUUUUAUGUUUUUGAACCUGCGUAUGCGGAGGAUGACCUACAGGUUCUAGAAGCUGUGUGCGCAUAAGAGAUCCAGCUUUAGUAAAACACUAAGCAUCAUGUAGCAGUAUUGCUUAGUGCUUAACAAGAAAUAAAAACUAUGGACAUAAUAAAAUGAUCACAUACUGAACAAUGUCUUCUCUUACCGGUAUGCCAACUGAUGGGAUAUUUACAUCUUCCCGUUUAGAUUAAGAAUUCAUCAUAACCCUCAUGCAGGUAAAAAAGAAAAAAAAAGUGCCACAAAUGAGUGUCUUUUUGUGUCUUUCUUGCUAUUACCUGGGUAUAAGCUAAAUGUCAAAGUUGACCAACUUCUCGGUUAAUGGCCACAACCUUUUCUAGAAUUAACUUUCACCAACUCAGAGGCGAUGCAGCAGCCACAACUUAAUUGAAUACUGUAGCUGCAUAAGUUAGUUAGCUCACUGUGAUUGAUUGAUUGAGACUUUUAUUAGUAGAUUGCACAGUACAGUACAUAUUCCGUCCAAUUGACCAUAAAUUGUAACACCCGAAUAAGUUUUUCAACUUGUUUAAGUCGGGGGUCCACUUUAAUCAAUUUAUGGUACACAUAUAUACUAUCAGCAUAAUACAGUCAUCACACUAGUUAAUCAUCAGAGUAUAUACAAUGAAUUAUUUACAUUAUUUACAAUCAGGGGGUGGGAUGUGGGGGGGGGGGGUAGGUUUGAUUGAUAUCAGCACUUCAAUCAUCAACAAAUAUAUCAUCUGAGAAAUGGACAUUAAAACAGUGUAGGUCUGACUUUGUAGGAUAUGUGAUCAUGGACGAGCUAAAAAUAGUUCCUUAGUGUUAGUGCUUAUAAUAAUAAUAUUGCUAAUACUUUGAAAUAUUCAAAUCACGACAUGUAAAUGUAGUAUUGUUGGCAAUUUUUAAGUGUUUAUUUAGGGGGCUUUAUGGGCGGAAUGGUGUACUCCCAUUAGCUGCAUUGUUAGCCACUUCUUACUUGCCAUAUUUUGCGACUUAGAAUGCAUUAAAAAAAAAACAUAUGUGUUUUUGUCUUACUUAGGGAUUGUGAAUGAAAUUAUGAUUUUGAUCAAUAUCGUGUAAGUGUAACGUGACAAACGCCUCUACUGUGCUCGUCUCAACUGAAUUACACAAUCAUGAUGGCAAGGAAUUACAUUCUCACAUGAGUUCUCAUGUUACGACGUCAAAUUUGUGAGAACUUUAUUCCUGCCAAGAUAAUACUUUAUUCUCAUCCUAUUAUGUAUUAUUUUUUUCCACUGUGGCCCUAGUGUUCCUUUAUUGGGUUGCUCUUGUCAUUUUAAAAGUGGCAUUUUGUGGCUAAUCAACAAUUACAAUCGCAUUUUAUCCAUUAAAUUGGACUAAAUUAUUGUACACAUUCCAAAGAUUGCGUAGGGUUUCCGAGGCUGCUGUUUUUAAUAUUCGGGUAUCUGUUGUACUUGUGUAUAUUCCCUGUUGUCUUUUCUAUGGGAAGAAUAAUUUUAUACUAUCAAUGCUCAUCAGUGGCAUUUAUAGCAAUGUUUGUGAAGGAUCAUUUUUGAUACUUGUUACAGUUUUCUUAUGCAGACUGUUUACAUUAGCUAAAUGCUAUUUUUGCCAAUGAAUGUAAUUAUGGUUUGUUAAUAAAGGAUAAAGAAACAA